UCAAGAUGAAUUAGAGGAUGCAUUUGAUGAUCUACAAUUUGAAGACAAGGAGAAAGAUAAUGAACCAAAAGCAAAGCAAAGAAUCAAAAUUAAUAAUCCAGUAAAUACGAUUGGAUUAAUUGAUGCAAUUAAAAGUAAACUUUAUUAUACAAUAAAUGUCUAUUAUGAAGAUUUAGAGCUUGAUGGUCUUGUUGCUUCACUUUUGGAUCCAUAUUGGAAAAAUCUAUCAUUUAUAACUAAAUCAAAAAAAAUUGAAACAAUUAAUGAAUUACGUUGCUAUAUAAAGAAGAAAAUUCCAAAUACCAUAUAA